AUGGCAUCAGAAGCAGGGAAAACGUUCCAGCGGUUUGCUGUCUUUGGAGAAUCAUCAAGCAGUGGCACUGAAAUGAGCAAUAAGAACUUCUCCAAGCUAUGCAAAGACUGUGGCAUCAUGGAUGGCAAGAUAGUCACCUCCACUGAUGUGGACAUCGUAUUCAGCAAAGUCAAAGCCAAGAAUGCCCGAACCAUCACAUUUCAGCAGUUCCAGGAAGCAAUGAAGGAGCUGGGCCAGAAACGAUUCAAAGACAAGAAGCCAGAUGAAGCUCUGGAGAACAUUUAUAAACUCAUGGAAGGCAAGGAUCCAGCUACCACUGGUGUUACUAAGGCAACAACAGUGGGUGGAGUGAGCCGGCUGACGGACACCAGCAAGUACACCGGCACCCACAAGGAGCGCUUUGACGAGAGUGGCAAAGGCAAAGGCAUCGCAGGACGGGAAGAGAUGACCGACAAGUCAGGCUAUGUGAGUGGCUACAAGGGUGCUGGCACCUAUGAUAAGAAGAGCAGCAAAUGA